AUGUGUGAUGUUCCAUGGCUCUUUAGUGUGGACAAGCUGAAGUUGCUGAUGCAACAGUUAGAAGGUUCUUGCAAGAAAAACCAGCUGGAAGAGUCAGAGAUAGUGUUAUGUGAUCUACUGAGGCUGACCAGCGGGAGUCAUCGAUGCGUGGCAUUUAUGCAUCACGCCAUAGGGCCUUACUUCAACGGCAGCUCCCUUGCAGGAGCACUUUCUCGUUGGCGGUAUCAUGAUGAUGAUGAUGAAGAGGAGAGGAGGAGGAGGGGAAUAGUGAUGAUGAUGAUUAUAAUGAUGAGGAAUAGUAUGAUGAUGAGGAUGAUGAUGAUGAUGAGGAGGAGGAGGAUUUAUGAUGAUGAUGAUGAAGAGGAGGAGGAUGAUGAUGAUGAUGAUGAUGAUGAUGAUGAUGAUUAUAAUGAUGAGGAAUGGUAUGAUGAUGGUGAUGAAGAUGAUGAUGAUGAUGAGGAGGAGGAUUAUGAUGAUUAUAAUGAUAAGGAAUAG